GGACGGCUGAACGCGGUCACUGAUCUAUAAAAACGCCAUCAAGGCUCAGACUGUCACUGCUUCCCAGUAAUAGGUAUAAGGUUGUGGAGAAAAGAUGAACGCCAUCCAGUUGAUUUCCAUCACUCUGCUGUCCGCCCUGGCAGCUCAUGCUCAGGUCAUCAUGCCCGGAAGAUGCCCCAAGCCCGCUGUUCAGGAGAACUUUGAUGCUGCCAGGUAUCUCGGUACGUGGUAUGAUAUCCAGAGGCUGCCCCACGCGUUCCAGAAGGGCGAGUGCUGCACUGCCACCUACAGCCUGAAAAGCCCCGGAGUGGUUGGUGUCCUCAACAGGGAGCUGCUCGCUGAUGGUUCCAUCAACUCCAUCAGUGGCUCUGCCACGGCCAAGAAUCCCUCUGAGCCUGCCAAGCUGCAGGUCUCCUUCUUUGAGAACACUCCCCCUGCACCUUACUGGGUUCUGUCCACCGACUAUGACAACUACUCCCUGGUCUACAGCUGCACCGACCUCGGUGUGCUCCACGUGGAGUUCGCCUGGAUCCUGAGCAGGAAGCCCACCCUGCCCGAGGAGACCCUCGAGGAGCUGCACAGCACCCUGUCCUCCAUCGGCGUCCGCGUCGACAAGUUGCUCACCACCGACCAGGAUGCAGCUUUCUGCAGUGCAAUGCAGCAGUAAAACAGAACGACAGAGAUAAUCCUGAUUUAGCCUACAGACCUACACACCGCCGUGUGUCAUGUGUUGUGGUACUUAUGACUGUACAUCUCUCUGUAUGUCUCAAAGUCAAUGCAAUAAACUUAUUUAAACAGAAA